ACGUUUCUCUCGCGCCCUCUGCAGGAGCCUGGGCCGAGGGCCGCCCCGCCUCGCUGCCCCCAGGCUCAUAAAUGGCCUCUGCGCCCCGGCCCGAGCGGGUUCCGAGGCUGCUCGCUGGGUGCUUACCCCCUUACCCGCCCCCACCCCCAACAGUGGGAUUACUGUCCAUGGAGCAGGAGGAAACCUACCUGGAGCUCUACCUGGACCAGUGCGCCGCUCAGGAUGACCUUGCCCCACCCAGGUCUCCCCUGUUCAACCCAGUUGUACCUUAUGGUAUGUACAUAUUGAAUGCAUCCAAUCCGGAUACUGCAUUUAAUUCGAACCCUGAAGUCAAAGAAACAUCAGGUGAUUUCUCAUCUGUGGAUCUUAGCUUCCUACCAGAUGAAGUUACUCAAGAAAAUAAAGACCAACCUGUCAUUAGCAGCAGACAUGAAACUGAAGAAAAUUCUGAAAGCCAAAGUCUACAAAGUAGGUUGCCAUCACUGAGCGAACAGGACAUUGGGCUGGGCUUAAACAGCAGUAGUUUGUCAAAUUCCCAUUCACAGCUGCACCCUGGUGAUAGUGACUCAGUCCAGCCCUCUCCUGAGAAACCAAACUCCGACUCCUUGUCUCUGGCAUCCAUAACUCCCAUGACACCAAUGACCCCUGUUUCAGAAUGUUGUGGAAUUGUACCUCAACUACAGAAUAUAGUUUCCACUGUCAACCUGGCCUGUAAGUUGGAUCUGAAGAAAAUAGCUUUGCACGCAAAAAAUGCAGAAUAUAACCCAAAGAGGUUUGCUGCUGUCAUAAUGAGGAUCCGAGAGCCCAGGACAACGGCCCUUAUAUUUAGCUCUGGGAAGAUGGUCUGCACGGGAGCCAAAAGUGAAGAGCAGUCUCGACUUGCAGCGAGAAAAUAUGCUCGUGUGGUGCAGAAGCUUGGGUUCCCUGCCAGAUUCCUCGAUUUUAAAAUUCAGAACAUGGUUGGAAGCUGUGAUGUGAGAUUUCCCAUCAGGCUGGAAGGUUUGGUGUUAACCCAUCAGCAGUUCAGUAGUUACGAGCCUGAACUGUUUCCUGGUCUUAUUUAUAGAAUGGUAAAACCACGAAUUGUGUUGCUUAUCUUUGUAUCUGGAAAAGUUGUGUUGACAGGUGCCAAAGAACGCUCUGAGAUCUAUGAAGCAUUUGAAAACAUCUAUCCUAUUCUAAAAGGUUUUAAAAAAGCCUGAGCAUAUUAUUCAACAUCUCACAUUAUUCUGGUUUGAAUAUGUCCAUAAGCCCAGCACAGAAACAGCUGGAUUCUUCUACCUUUAAUUGUAGAUGUUCCAAGUACAUUACUUAUUAAAGGGUGAUUCUGUGUAAGUAAACCUGUCUAAGAAACAAAGAAAAAUUUGUAU